UUUAUGCGGAAGUGCUGAUGAAGGAUUAAAAUAACGUGAAUUUCUCAUUGUCGUUGCUUUUGCAAAAUAUACAUUCAGCUGUCAUUCGUGAUUUUGCUAUUACUGUAUUAUGGCAGCUUUAAAGUAUGCUGGUAUGGAUGACACAGACAGCGAAGAUGAGCUGCCUCCAGGAUGGGAAGAGAGAUCUACGAAGGAUGGAUGGGUUUACUAUGCGAAUCAUGAGGAGAUGAAGACUCAGUGGGAUCAUCCCAAGACAGGGAAGAAGAGACGCUGUGCUGGAGAUUUACCGUAUGGCUGGGAGCAGGAGACCGAUGACAAAGGACAGAUCUUCUAUGUGGAUCACAUUAACAAGAGGAAGACCUACUUUGACCCACGCCAGGCAUUUACAGUGGAAGAUGUGUUGGUGAAACCUAAGCGUUACGAUGGCAACACAUCUGCCCUAGAGAUCCUGCAGGGUCGUGACCUCUCAGACAGAGUGGUUGUCAUCACCGGGGGAAACUCUGGCAUCGGUUUGGAAACCGCCAAGUCGUUUGCCCUCCAUGGGGCCCAUGUUAUCCUGGCCUGCAGGAAUCUCUCCAAGGCCAGCAAGGCCGUCAGCCUCAUCAAGCAGGAAUGGCACAAGGCCAGGGUGGAUGCCAUGAUGUUGGACUUGGCCUCUCUCCGCAGUGUCAGAGAGUUCGCUGACUCCUUCAAGGCUAAGAAACUUCCACUCCACAUUCUGAUCUGUAAUGCAGCGGUGUGUACUCAGCCCUGGCGCCUCACUGAAGACGGCCUGGAGUCCACCUUCCAGACCUGUCAUCUAGGUCACUUCCUGCUGGUGCAGUGUUUACAGGAUGUGCUGCGACGCUCCGCCCCUGCCCGCGUGGUGAUCGUGUCCUCAGAGUCACACAGGUUUACAGACCUGCUGGACCAUUCUGGUCAAGUGGAUCUGGCUGUCUUGUCCCCUCCUCAGAAGGACUACUGGUCCAUGCUGGCCUACAACCGGGCCAAGCUGUGCAACAUCCUGUUCUCCAACGAGCUCCACCGACGCCUUUCGCCUUACGGGGUCACCGCCAACGCACUGCACCCUGGGAACAUGAUGUACACGGCCAUCCAUCGGAGCUGGUGGCUGAUGACGCUCCUCUUCACCCUGGCUCGCCCCUUCACUAAGUCCAUGCAACAGGGGGCGGCCACGGUGGUGUACUGUGCCGUGGCUCCAGAGCUGCAGGGCCUGGGAGGGAUGUACUUCAACAACUGUUUCCGCUGCCUGCCCUCACCCCAGGCCGAGGACCAGGCCGCGGCAUCCAGCCUGUGGGAGCUUAGUGAACGCCUGGUCUCAGACAGACCAACGGGCCUACAGGCCCUCUGAUGAACUCGACAACUGACUGGCAGCAGCCUAUCAGGGCUGGAGGGAUUAGCCAAUCAGGAACAAAGGGGGAGGGUGAAAGUGGGUAUGAAAACAAACUUUUUUUUUUUUUAAAGCUGCCAAACCAUUGAACUGGAACUGUCAUUUCACUUAGGAGAGGAAUAUAAAUGUGCAAAAACACAAGGGGUAUCUUCUAGCUACACUGCGGAGAGGUGAGUUGGAGAGGAGAGCGUUCAGAACGGUGGGGCUUUAACACUGAAGCCUGUGUUCUUCAGUACAUUAGGCUGCCACCUCUCCUGUGUCCAGUCUCUUCCUGUCUAGAUCUACUCUACAGAGACAUAAUCUGUUCUAGUUUAGAUGAAUGGGUUAGGAGGAAUAUGCAGAUAUGGCUGAUACCUAUGUACAGAACAUGUUACAGGUAUGGUUUCAUACAGACCAGUAGUUUAUAUCAGGCCCUAUUCCCUUACUGUACAUUAUUAACAUUGCCACCAUUUCGCCUAUGUGCUAAAUGGGACUUAUGUCAUCACUCCUUUCCUCAACAGUUAAAGACCUCCUGCCUACAUAUAUCACAUAGAAUACUCUACAAAAUGCUAUUUACAAUGAGGAGGACUGUCUUUGUCAUGAUGUUGGGUCAGAAUUACGUCCGUUAAUACCGCUGAUGUCAGAGGAACAGGGAAUCCAGGAGGUGUAGUAGCUGAUCAAAUAUUAACUCUUUUCCUUGGGUUUUUCAUUUUCUCGCAAUCUCUUUGUGUGUAUUAUCGUGUCACUUGCUCUGGAAGGUUUGGAGGCAUUUAGUGGACGUUGUGCUUUGUGGCAGUCAUUCAUAAGACAUCAGCAUUCUUCUGUCAUGGAUUCUGGAAGGAAAAAGAGAGUCAUAAUAAAGAUGGGUUCUUCUA